UGUUUACAGUGAGAAGGCUAUCAUGGUGACCUCCAAGUUUACCCUCGGUUGUGAAUAAUCGCCGACAAAAAGAGUUUAAUGUAUUUCUGUGUGGUGUGCAUUUUUGCGGCAAAUAAAGAAAAAUUAAGAAAGGGCAAAAUUUAAACAGCGUAGAACGGAACGCGUCAGACCAAUCCACCUGCAGAGGAUGAAAUACAUCAAUACAUCACUCAUAGUGCGGCAGUAUCCUCGGCAGAAAGGACGCAAUUUUAACAAGGAAGGUUUUCAGCAACGUAAUGACACUGAUCACUGAAGCUGAGUAAAGUAACGUUUGUGUAUGCAAGUGCGAUAAAUAAAACACCCAUCUGGCUUGACGAUAAACCUCACUGAGCCGACUUCACUGCCCACCUCCAUAGACGCUGCCUGAGACAAGAGCGAUGGCGUGCCCGAUUCGCGGUGGCACCAGGCGGAAGUGUCCGAGGGAACCUCUCGGUGAGACACCGAGCGGAAGUAGCGUGCAAUCGACCGGCGGGAUGGUGCAGACGCGGAGUGGCCGGCGGACUCUGGUCUCCUUGGAAACAGUGUCUGGGACACCGGUUAGUCAGAGGAAGAGCAGGAGUAGGAGGUCUGAAGCUAAGACAGAAAGCUGUACUGAAUCUGAACACAACAACAAAGCACGAGAGAAAGAGAAGCGUGUUGUUUGGGCUAAAUCGCAUCCCAGUCCAGUGCGACCAGCUGAACACCGAUUCGAUGACAUAGAAAGUGAGGCAAAAACUAAGAAGGAAGAUUUGACUGAAGUUGAAGGUUUCAAAAUUGGUAUUGAAAAAAUUGAAAUAAAUCAAGAAGAUGAGUCAUCAUCCAGUCCAGUCCAGUCAAAGAAGCUCAGCAAAAAAUUGGAAUUGGAUGAUUCUUAUAUAGAAAGUAAUAUAGACACUGAGACCGAGAUACAUGAAACUGCUGAUAAAAUAGACCAAAAGACAGAUAAUCAGGAAAAUGAAGGAGGCAGUUUAGUUUGCAAGACUCCUGAUGUUAUCCGUUUGCAGCUUAGCAGUGAUGAAGACCAGAAUAGUAUGCGUGAUGACAACAGUGAUGUAGUAUCCAGCAGGGAUGCUAUUCCUGGAGACUCUGCCAUUCCUUCUUUAACAGCAGGAAGUCCUUUGGAAAAGGAUCGCAACCUGUUUGUGAUUGACACACAGCCUGGAAUAGAUCAAGAUAGAACAUUUUAUUUGGACUCAAGUGGAAAAGAGGAUAGUGAGGAAAGUGAAGCAGAAACUGGGGACAGAGGCAAAGAAUCAGAAGAAGAGGAUGAUGAUUUUAUCGACGAAGAAGAGGAUGAAGAGGAAGAAGAGGACAUUUUGAACACCAAAUCCAGACUAAUAGACUCUUCAACCAGUAUUGAUACAGGACUAAAUCUCAAGGAACUAGGCGGCCUUUACAUAAAUUUUAAUGCUGACAAGCGUAUCAAUUCAAAAGGCAUAAAUAAACUUAAGGAUCAAAAUGAAAAAGAUGAGCUAUUAAAAAAUAGCAUUCUGACACCAGAGUUUGAAAAACAAGAUAAUGUUCCAUCUCUAAAGGUGUCCGAACGCCAACUGAAAAAACAGCGCAGGAAAGAACGUGCAAAGACUGCAGGGGACAGUUGGUAUAACAUGAAAGCUCCUGAUUUAACAGAUGAAUUGAAGAUGGAUCUACAGGUCUUAAAAAUGAGGGCUGCCAUUGACCCUAAACGCUUCUACAAGAAGAAUGACAGAGAUGGUUUCCCUAAAUAUUUCCAGAUUGGUGAAGUUCUGGACAAUCCAGCAGAUUUCUAUCAUUCUCGAUUACCUAAGAAGCAAAGAAAGCAGACGAUGGUGGAGGAGCUGCUGGCAGAUGCGAAAUUCCGACGGUACAACAAGAGAAAAUACCAACAGAUCAUGACAGAAAGGGCAGCGCUUGCAGCAGGCAAAAAGCACCAUAAGAAGAAGAAAUUUAAAAAAUAAAACUGAAGAAAAACUGCCUAAUUCUCAAUAUAUUUUCAUAACCAAUAAUACAUUAAAAGCUUAUAAAAGUGACUGUGCUACCAAUUCCUAUUUCCUCCCCAUUUAUAAAAGCAAACUAGCUAAAUUAGCUACAGGCAAUUUUAGAAAUAAAAUAACUGUUCAGCAGUGCUGAAAUACGUAUCAUGGAUUAAUUUCCAGCCUCAAGAGAUGAUUUAAUGUCAAAAGUGAUAAAGGAACUUCAUAAGUCCUACUUAGAUUUGUAAUAUUGUCAAUUAUUUUUGUAGAUGCAGCUAACCUGUGUGUGUGUGUGUGUGUCUGUCUGUGUGUGUGGCAAGUGUUGAAUACAGACGAUCAAGGACAGGAUUCUUUACAUUUCUGUAUCAGCUCUGAGCACUCUGUGUGCCAGACAUGUAAUUCUUACUUUUGAGCUGUGAAGUCAUUUUUAUAAUUGCUUAUUACAUUAUUAGCUUUCUGAUCUUAAUAUGAAACUUGGAUGAUAUAAUGGAAAACCUUUUAAAUGAGUAUGCAAAAGUUAUUUCUAGUCCAACUAAAUACAUAUUGUACAACUAAGUACAAUACUGUGGAUUGACUGGCCCCAUAUGUGCUAGCUUCUUUAUACUUCUGGCCUCAGUGGAUGGUAUAUGACAAAACCUCUCUGAACCUACUGAACACAUUGCAGUGGGGUGGCAAAAUCCACGCCAUGCAAGCCUCUCACACAAAAUGCUGGUGGAAUGCAGCAGAUCAGGCAGCAUCUAUGGGAAGAUUACAUUCAGCCAUGCUUAUGUAACGAGCUUCAAGGACACCCAACAUCUGCCAAGUCUCUCCCACUCCUUAAAAGAAACCUUUGUGAGGAUCCUCAUACUCAAAAUAGCGACUAUAAUGCAUUUAGUGCCAUUACUGAGAUUGUGUUUAAUGAGAGCACUGAAUGAAUUUGGCUGAUUGUUGACAUACACAGGCAUUGCUGCUAAGUGCAGCCAGUGUUGUUGCCGUCCAGCUAUCAAAUAGCCAUUGGACACUGCAUACCAUUCUGAGUACCAUAUUCUGCAUAGGUGAGUCAUUUUGCAGUAGGGAUGAACUUUACAACAGUCCAAAACAAUUUGCCCCAAUUAAACAAGUUUUCUUUUGGGGGCUGCAAGUCAAAUAAUCCACUAUAUUUAUUAAAAAAUGCAACUGGAAUAAAUCAGCAAAACAGACUCAAUGAGCUUAUAUUUUUGGAAAUGCACAAAAGGAUUCUUUUUACAAUGCAAGAUGUAAUUAAUGAUUAGGAGCUUGAUUUAGUAUGCAGGAAUCAUUUCUUUCUUUGGUCAUAAGACAUAAAAAGAUAUUUCUGUUAACCAUUAAAAUAAAAAUGUC